AAACAAAUAAAUGUUGAUGUUGCUGUAUCAUUAAUUUUAACCAUGUUCAGCCAAGCCCGGGUAAGAACCCUGUCCUGUGGGGACAAACUGCUGGUAAAAUACCCGCCAAAUGCCCCCGCACCCAAGGGACUCUAAGUAAGGCCCAUUCCCGGUUAUUUUUGGCGCAAAGGAAAAACCACCGCUCUCACCUGGCACUGCCGGUCUACGUGAAAGAAAAAAACACAGCCCAUUUCCCUGGCUAUCCCUGGUACACCUGGGUGGGGCGUGGUUACAAUUGAUUCGUGCAUUAAUUGUUAACACACUGAUAAGAGAAUCAGAACCAAAGCCACACAAUGUCGGAUGACUAUUCUGGGUCUGACUUUGAAGAUAUCAGUGAGGACGAGAUAGACCCUAAGCCUGUAGUUGUGGAGGUUAGGGGGCUUGGUACCAAGGGGAGCCCUGUAACUGCCAGAAGAAGUCCAGGGCUCUCACAUCGUGGUGGUAGCAGAGCCUCCCGUCAUAGACAUGAAGACCUUGAGGAAAGCGAGGAAGAGGAAUCAGAUGAAGAAGAGUAUGAGGCCGUUACAGCAAGGGGCUCGGCACGACGCCCGCAUAGCUCAAGAAACAUUAAGAUGAAGAACGGGAACAAGUCUGUGAACAUGACACCUCCGAACAAAUUACUUGAGAAGGCUGUGAAGUUAAUCGAGAAGUUUGUGGAAAAAGGAAAGGCUGACAGGGUGAUUCAAGAACGAGUGAAGAUAUUAGCCCUCACAAGGAUAGUUUAUGGAAGUACACAUUGGAGAUUGGCAGAAGCUCAUGUAAACCUGGCACAGGAUUAUUUAGAGUUAAAAAACUUCACAGCACAAGCGGAAUACCACGCAGAAAAUGCCAUGCAGAUAAUGCUGAAUUCCGUUUCCACGACAACCAGUGAACAGGAGAAAGCCAAUGUGUUCAGUGUUCUAUUCCGUCUGAACUACAUCCAAGGCAAGGCACAGGUUGCAUUGAAAAAAUAUGCUGAGGCUGAUGCUGCAUUUAAGAAGGCUGAUCGAGCAUACCAGGCCAGUUCCAAGUUGUCCUGUGUUACUGAUGAUGAAUGUGAUGAUAUGGAAAUAAAGCUUGCCCAAGGCAGAGCCAGGUUGUCAUGGAGACAGAAGAAGUAUGCUGUAGCAGGGUCAGAGUAUGACAAAGUGAUUGACUUGACCAAGAGGCGAUAUGGGGAAGAUGCUCUAGAGCUCAUAGAACUCUACCAGGAGAAUGGCCGAUUGGAACAGUCCAAGGGUCGCCAUGCCAACCAUGAUAAAGCUAUUGAAAUGUUUCUGCAGGCUCAUUCCAUUGCUGCUGCCAGGUACAAGUAUGCUAGUGAAGAGAUAGUAGAUACAGCUCUGGCCCUGGCUCAAGCAUAUUCAACAACUGGAAGGGAGGAGGCUGAAAGUUCAGCAGAGAGCUAUCUUAAUGAAUGUCUCGGCUCGUGUACAGCAGUUUAUGGACCUGAUCAUAAAAAGACACUAGAAGUACAUGACGAGCUGGCCAGACUGCUUGUCCGUUCAGACAGACAGACGGAGGCUAUGGACAUUUUGAAAUCAAGCAUCCCAUUGAAGAAUGAAGUGUAUGGAGACUACUCCGAGAAUGUAGCUGACACUCAUAAGCUAAUGGCAUCCAUACAUUUGGCUCAGGGGAGCAUUGAGAAGGCUCUUAGAUGCUAUAAAAGGUGCCUCAACAUAGAAGUUUUGGUAUUAGGAAAGAACCACAAGAAAACCAAGGACUCCGAGAGAACCAUUGACAUACUGAUGGCAAGCCCAGGCUUGUCAAAGAAGUUUGUGCUGAACAAGGAUGAUGAAUUAAAGAAACGGCCAAGAUUCAAUGCAAUUUCAAAGACUGCUAAAACCAGUUAGGACAAAAAAGUGACUUAUGUAUAGACCGUUUGUAAGGGAUUUUGUUAAAGUUAACAACAAUUUAAACAUUAACAUUAUUAAUUAUCAAAUAUUUACUGCUGUCGAAAUUCCAUGGAUUCCUUUGCCAUGUGCAGUAUUUCUAACAAGAUUUGACAAGUGUUUCAGCUGUACGUAAUAUAUAGAAUGUUUUUCAUUUAAAAGUUAAUAACAAUGAUGUUAUUUCGUUUGUAUUAUUUACUUGAUCUGGACAAUUGGUCCUAAUUUAGUGAAAUUAUUUGGUCAGAUAUAUGUGUAUACCCUUUCCGUCCACAGUAGUCCAUUACGUAGUCUGUUAACUGUUUUUUCUCUAAAAGUAGGCAUUUGCAAUUGUUUUUAUAUAUUUUUUUAUUCAAGUCAUUGUGCAUAUUAAUGUUAAUGUCAUUUCAAACAGAAGACGAUAUGAAUGUCGAAAAGUCAUUCGUUUAUCAAGGAUAUAUUGAAAAUGGUUAGUGGAUAUUCAGUUCUUAGCCUGUUCAUUGUUCAAUGUCAUUAGACCACAUCAUACAUGUCAUGUUUUUGAAAGGCUCCCCAUGAGAUUUUGAGCAGAAUUCCAGCGGAUUUGAGUCACUUAUCAGGGAAUUUAAAUCAUCGCCAUUGAGCGCUUUGGCGCGGGUACCAUUUUACCUAUUGCAACAUCCAGAAGUGUUUGUCAUUCUUAAAGUCAAUCAUAUUUUUUUGAGACACUGUGAUCACUGUUAUGUAUAUGUCAUAUUUCAAAUAUGAUUACAUUGCAUAUAAAAAAUUUCAUAGUAAAAAAAAUAAAAAAAAUAAAAAAUAAAAAAAAAAUAAAAAAAUAUAUAUAUAUAUAUAUAUAUAUGAUGCAAUUUAAUAGGCUUACCUUUCUAUAACGGCGAUAAAAAAUCUGCUUGCUGUCAGAAAUGAUGACUUAUAAGAUAUCGGAAUGUAUAUUGAUAUUUUUCAUUUUUUCUACUUCCCAAAUUGUCACAUUUGUUUUCAUUGGUCAUUACAAGAAGUAAAUGCAUCCCUUUUGUAAACUAUGUUUUUUUUGUUUUUUACGUGUAUGAUUAGAUCUAUUAAUAAACUAUUUAAAUAUAUGGUAAUUGUAUUUUCCAAUGGCAAUAUAUUUCACCGAGUGAGCAUCAAGCGUAGCCACAAGUGAAAUAGUUUAUAUUGUAUUUACUAUGGGUGUUCAUAAGGUGAAAUACAUUGCUUUCUUGCAUCAUAAUUUUGUCUUCGUUAUAUGCCCUAAAAGGGUUCUUGAAAAACGCGUUAGAAAACAAUAAAACUAAUUUUGUGUCCCAUCCUUGUUUGCGCUGAUAUUUGAUUUGGACGGUAAGAAAGGGCUUAAAUUUCAAAACAGUGGAAAAUAUCAAACUGUCUAUUUGCGCUGUUUGAAACAGUGAAAUGUCAAUAUUAUUUCAUUGAUAAUUCACUUUAAACCACCGGAAAGCAUAGAAGAAAUGCUGGACCUAAUGAACAUGUUUAAAUACUAGUGAAAACCACGUAUAGUUGUGGUUCAUAUGAUGUUGAAGUUAUCCAUGGCUGAAUGUAUAUAAAAAGGCGAUUUAUAUGUACGGUAAAGAAGCA